GUACUUAAACAAAAAAAGAGAGGAAAGAAAAAGGUAUACAAAAUCCCUUUCUUGCUCUCCAAGUAAUUUAUAAAAAGGUUGCAACUAUAUUAUAAGUCAAUGCAACAUCUCAAAGUUCUUCUAUGGCUACCAAAAUGCUAAGCAUUCCAAGCUAUGGGUUCGAGAGCGAGUGCAGGGAAAUUCAUAAUUCAUGGGAAAGAUUAAGUCAGUUAGGUUUAGUUUUGGCCACCCGAACAAGGCAAGAAAGGCAACAAAUUAGAGAGACUUACAAAGCAAUCUACGGAGAGGACUUGGUAAAUAGGUUGCAAGAGUCUAAAAUAGCGAACAACAACAACAAAAGUGAAAUUUCACCAAAACUAUGCACAAUCUUGUCGUUGUGGAUGCUUGAUCUUCCUGAACGCGAUGCUAUUCUAGCGAGGCAGGCUCUCCAACAAGAUCAUGACAUCAACUACAAAGUUCUUGUUGAAAUCUUCAUUGGUCGAAAAUCGAGCCAUAUACUUCUAAUGAAACAAGCAUAUCAUGCAAGAUUCAAAAGGCAAUUUGACCAAGAUAUUGUCAAUAUUGAGCCUCCUAACCCUUACCAAAAGAUUCUUGUGGCUUUGAUUGCAUCACACAAGGCACACCAUGUUGAUGUUAGUCAACACAUAGCUAAGUGUGAUGCUAGGAGGCUUUUUCAAACUGGUGAAGGAAAUCUAGGGGCAAUAGAAGAAGCUGUUGUGCUAGAAAUUCUAAGUAAAAGAAGUAUUCCUCAGUUGAAAUUAACAUUCUAUUGUUAUAAACACAUAUAUGGACAUGAUUAUACCAAGUCACUUAAGAGGGAAAAAUCAGGAGAAUUUGAAGGAGCACUAAAAAUGGUAGUAAAAUGCAUUUGUAAUCCACCUAACUAUUAUGCAAAGGUAUUGCAUGGAAGUAUUAAGGGGAACAUAGAAGGAGUUAUGGUGAGUAGAGCUGAGUCUUCAGAUUUUGAUGAAAUUCAAAGAUGUUACAAAAACAAGUAUGGGAUUGAGCUUAGAGAAGCCAUUUCUGAGACCAUCCCUUCUGGUGAUUACAGAGAUUUUCUUCUUGCAUUAUUAGCUAGAACAAAAUGAACUAUAAAUAUAUAUCUUAAUUUUGUAAUAUAUAUAUAAUAUUGAUCAUAUGUAUCUAUAGAUUGUGUGUACUUCAUUAAGUAGUAUUAUUAUAUACUAUGUAUGAAGUGAUUUUGGUAUAAUAUAGUCAAUAUAAUUGUCUUGACAAAAAUGAAGACAUUUUAAUAAC